UCAACGGACAAAAGAAUGAAUCUUCGGGAUACUGGUGAACGUAACAGAAGAGAAGAAGAUCUUUACAUCUACGUGGACCAUGAAUUUAGUGAUGGUGGAGGAUAUCUUGAGCCCAUUGGAGCAAAACCUAUCGAAAAAUUAAGCGUCAACACCAAUGUAAAUCAGUCGAAUACAUCGACAAAAUCUUGGAAACCUGUGUUGGUUAUUCUCCUUAUAAGCUUUCUCAUCUGUGGACUUGUCACAACGAGCGCAUUAUUUGCUCUGGAGAAAAGUAAAACAUACGUUAUUCACACUGGCGUAAAAGAUACUUUUCACAUGAAAAAUUUCGUUCAUGUUUCCAUUAUUGUGGUGGUCCUGCUGAUUUCGAGAUUAAAUGUAUUGAAAUAUAAUAUUUUUUUCAAUACAUUUUAUUAAAUACAUUAAUUCUUUAUAAUUAUUGUGAU